AUGCCACCCGUCGCCACCCCCGUAACAGCCCAAGAGCUCCAAACGCUCUCUACAAAGGCGAUAGACGCUAAAGCCGCCGCAUACUGCCCGUACUCGAAGUUCCGUGUUGGAGCAUGCAUUCUCACUGCGUCGGGCGAGUUCGUUGUCGGGGCUAACGUGGAGAACGUUGCUUAUCCCGUUGGAACAUGCGCUGAGCGUGUUGCGUUUGCUACUGCUAUUGUGGCCGGGCACAAGGAGUUCCGUGCUAUUGCCGUUGCGACGGAUAUCACGCCCGGUGCGUCGCCGUGUGGAAUGUGUCGACAGUAUAUGCGCGAGUUCACUACGCCUUCGUUCCCGGUGUAUAUGUAUGACGGAGAGGGGAAGUAUACCGUCAAGACGAUGGGCGAGUUACUGCCGGACUCCUUCGGCCCAGAUGACCUGCCGAGAUAA